GUUUCCCAGCAUUUUUCCUCCUCCGUCGCCGCUCCUCGCUGCGGAAAAGGCGUAGCGAGGAUGGCGCUGCACACCAGAUCGAGCGCUUUUGUGCUAUUUUCAGCGGCGUCGCUGGCUCUCCUGGUCCCCUCGUCCAGCCAGAACUUGGAGGAGCUCCACAGCCUCUUCCAACAUGCUGUCGGCAACAACGAGACAGAGUCGGGCGGCCCUAGCGACCCGUUUUCAGUCACCUCAGUCGGGGGCCUGCUCGUGACGGCCGCGCCCAACGGCACGUUCCUUCUGGUCAACGCCACCACCACGACCACAGCCUCGCCUCCGGACGACGCUGAGGGCCCCGCGGUCCCUCAGGCGCCGAGCGCUGGCGCGUCGACCACAACGCAGGCGCCGACGACCGCGCCAGUGCCUGAAGAAGCGAACGCCGACAAGCCCUUGCCAAGUGUCGAAGAAGGAGACGCCCCGGGGCAAGAGCCAGCUGCCGACGACACCCAGGCAGUGGGACCGCCGGGGGAGAGCGCCGCGCCGGCGGAAGCCUCGUCAUCCGGAGCGGGAGCGCAGGGCGCGGGGCAGUUGCCUGAAGGCGAGGGGGGCGAACACUUGGAGGAGGCGCUCGGGGGAGAUCAGGCGUUCGCUGGCAAGUUCCCCACGGGCCAAUUCGAAGGUCAGUUCCCCGACCAGUCACAAAGCGGCCAGCUCCCCUCCAUUGGAAUUCCCGAUGGCUCAAUUCCAGCUGAACAAUUCUCACCUGUUCCUUCCCACCAAUUCCAAGGCGAUCGAUUCCCGGCGCGUCCAGUUAGUGCCUUCCCGGGCGGGCAAUUCCCGACAGGCGGCCAGCUGCCGCACAAUCUCUUCCCAGCUAGACCAUUUCCGGCCAGCCAGUUCCCUCCCGGCCAGUUCCAGGGCGGAUUUUCAGGCAACCAGUUUCCGGUUGGACAGCUCCCUCCUCUUCGACCUCCCGUUGGCUCCUUCCCAAGCAGGCCUCUUCCUGGCGGUGCUUUCCCCCCAAGUCAGUUUCCUGUUGGCCUGAUACACAACGGCUUGUUUCUGUCAAAUCAGUUCCCUGCUGGACAAUUUCCUAACACUCCAUUCCCCAACAACCAACUUCCAACUAACCAAAUCCCCGGCAACCAAUUCCCCACCAACCAGUUCCCUAACAACCAGUUCCCUGAUAACCAGUUCCCUGAUACCCAAUUCCACAACAACCAGUUCCCUGAUAACCAGUUCCCUGAUACCCAAUUCCACAACAACCAGUUCCCUGAUACCCAAUUCCACAACAACCAUUUUCCUGAUACCCAAUUUCCCACAAACCAGUUCCCUAACAACCAGUUCCCCAGUAACCAAUUCCCCAGCAGCCAAUUUCCUACAGACCAGUUUCCUAACAGCCAGUUCCCAAACAGCCAAUUUCCCACAGACCAGUUCCCAAACAGCCAAUUUCCCACAGACCAGUUCCCAAACAGCCAGUUUCCUAACAGCCAGUUCCCAGGUAGCCAAUUCCCCAGCAGCCAGUUUCCCGCGAACCCGACCACUGGGGGCCAAAUCCCGAGUGGUCCAAAUGGGCAGUUCCCCUUGGGCACCGGCUCGGCGACAGGAACUCAGCCAGGGGGCGGGGGCGUGUGCAGGUUCUUCUGCAGGAAUGCGUCAGGCCAAUUCCAGUGCUGCUCCUCGUAGGGAUGCCUUUUUUUCGCAGGAGAAGAGAGAGGAGGCGGCAGGAAUAGGCGGGCGGGGUUGGGGGAGAGAGCAGACGGAGUGUGUGAAUGGCGAGCGAUAAUUGAGUACUGCCGAGGAAUCUGAGAACGGUGGGAAGGAUAUAUGUUUGAUGUUUAAUGAGUACGUUAUUCGUACAGAUAUAUACAUUUUGUUAAGAUAAAUUUUAUAUAUUAAUGUUAGCAUCAAUA